GUCGCCGUCGGAUGCAUGACGUAAUCUCUCUGCGCCGGGAAGGAGGGUCGCGAUGGCUGUGGCUCAACCGAAGCUGGAGAAAGAGAGCGAUGAUUGCUCUUUGCUGCCUUUAGUUCACGACAUUAUCAAAUGCAUGGACAAGGACAGCCAAGAUGUCCACCAAGAACUGGCUAAACUGAAGGCAAAGAUCCAGGAGGCUCGGGAGCAGAUCUCUAACAUGCCCGGGACAGACAGCAGUCCCACGGAGCAGCAGCAGCAGCUGGCCACGCUGCGGGAGCAGGUCCGCACCAAGAACCAGCUGCUGCAGAAAUACAAAAGUCUGUGCAUGUUUGACGUGCCAAAGGCAUCGUGAGACCGUAGACUGGAUUUCUGCACGGCUCAGACACAGUCGAGGUGCAGGAGGCACUGUUUUUGUUUGGCUACAUCCUCACCCAUGGAGCAGAUAAACGUGGGAAUAGAGAAGACGGCAUGGACGUUUAAAUGAACAAGGACAACUUUUUCACAGUUGCAUAGCAGUGGUGUUUUUGAACGUCAGAUAAUGUCCUCUUCCUGUCCGUAUUUUUUGCAUUGCGAGAAUGCAAACUAUGUUAUGUCGCAUUUCUAUUAAAUAUAGUUUUU